AUGUGCGGGACUCUGUUGACGGAUCUCAACCCUAACCGAUCAGACACUGCCCAGGCUGCAUACAAUCUGGUGCGAUGUCUCGGGGCAGGUGCUUUCAUCGCCGCUCUCGAACCGCUGGUCAUGGCUCCUCAUCACUCGAGGGCUCAGAUGGCGGACCAUCGCUUGAGUAAGGGCAUUAUUGUCCAGGACGAAGUCGACCCCCAGUCUUCCGGGAGAGCCUGCGGGUAUAGCAAGUGGAUGUCAGAAGCUAUCUUUGCUCAUGUUCACAACCAUACGGAUAUGAAUGCGAGCCGUCCAACUAAGGACGCCCUCACCUCCCACGAUAUGCAAUCUGAGCCUCAACCAGAAGCCCGGCCGACGGCCUCAACCCUGACCGCCACCGCAAUGGCCUACCUAAAGGUCUUCAAGACCCUAGACCCCGACACAAUCGCCCCGAUCCAAGCCGAUAACUACAAGCACACCUUCGCCCCGGCGUCCCUGCACCCACCCGGGCCCUUCACGCGGGAAACAUUCGCCCACCACCUGACCCAGACGCGUGAGCUGCUUCGCAGCUUCCCCGUGCGCGUCAAGCAGCUGUGGCCCAACCCGUCGCUGAACCAGGUCAUCGUCUGGUCGGACUCGGAGACCGAGUUCCACGAGCAUGUGAAGGAUAGCAAUGGUGAUGGCGACGGCGACGAGUGGAAGUACAGGGGCGAGUACAUGUGGUUGCUGGCCAUGGACAAGAACGGGGAGAAGGUCGAGCACGUGUUGGAGUUCUUGGAUAGUAAGGGCACGGACCAGCUGAGGGCGUUGAUGGUGAGGGCGAGGAAGAGGAAGGAGGAGGUGGAGGGGCAUGGGCAUGGGCGGAUGGAAGGGGGGUGGGACAUGUGA